AUUACUAGUAGUAUCCUAAUAGGAUUCAAUUGUUGGUCAUUCUUGAUAUAUUUUUUUCCACAGUGAAAUGUUCCGAAUUUAAAACUAUUAUAAUUGAUAUGAGCAUGCCUUAUUUGUGGCUAAUGAUAAAGAAAGCGGUGCGUGCAUCCACAGUGCGUUGCCAUUUCGAAAAUAAUUCAUUGCGUCUCGAAAUGAGGUCACAGUAGCGAGUGAAGUGAGCCGACUGCGCGGCGCAUCGCCCUGAAGUGCGGCGGCAACACUGCGCGCGCCGGAUCCUAACCGACCGCCCUAGUCGACACUGGCCAUCAAAACCUUCGCCUCAUUAAAAAAAAUACAAAAAAAAAUCAAAAUCUAAGGCGUGUUCCAAAUUGGAAACGCGCUGUGUCUAAUACAAACCGCAUGAUGGCACGCAGUGCACCACCGUCGCGGCGCCCCGACAACAAGUGAUGGUGAACAAUAUGCUACUCUCUGAUGAGACUUAAUUCGACAUAGUGUAGUUAACUCUUAUCUAUUGUGCUGUGUAUAUGUAAUAUUGUAUUAUUGGAGUGUUGUGCGUGACGUAUUAUAUACCUAAUUGAUUUUACUCAGCCUGCACACGACCCUAUGGGACCAACCUUCACAGAAUAAAGACAGCGACGACUUAUACAAUAAUUCCAACAAACAAAACCUAUUUUAUAAUUUAGUCCUGAAACCAAAAAUUAGAUAUACACGGUAGAUUUAGUUAAUAUCUCCUUAAAUAUUAACAUUGCGAGCUGCCAAGCACUUCCCUUUUGUACAUAAUCUCUUAUAAGUGUUGGUGAUUGGGUGGAGACAAGCAAGUGACAGCGCAUGGAACUAUUGGCAUCGUACAGUAGUUGGGAUCUUCGGCUGAGCGCAGUGCUCCUUAGCAAAACAAGAUGAACAUGCAAGAGAGUGGCGGCGAGGAGCCGGCGACCACCGCACCCCCCGCCGCCACAACUCCCACGGGGGCGGCCACCACCGCCGUCACCGCUACCGCCCUCGUCACAGGCACGGCCGCCGCCACUAUCGACGGCACCGGACCCUUGAUACCAGUACCACCUGCACCGAGAAAACCGCCCAGAAGAGGACCCAAAGUCCAGCAGGAGCGGCCGAAGAGGGCACUCUUUUGUCUGACCUUGAAGAACCCUCUACGGAAGCUGUGUAUAGAUAUAGUUGAAUGGAAACCUUUCGAGUGGAUGAUCCUGACGACGAUAUUCGCGAACUGCAUAGCGCUGGCGGUGUACACGCCCUACCCAGCCAGCGACUCCAACUACACCAAUUCAGUAUUGGAGAAGAUCGAGUACGUGUUCCUGGUAAUCUUCACUGGAGAGUGUGUAAUGAAGAUCAUAGCUUACGGCUUCAUCAUGCACGCCGGCUCCUACCUGAGGAACGGGUGGAAUCUGCUCGACUUCACCAUCGUCGUCAUUGGCAUGGUGAGCACGGUGCUGUCUAGUAUAUUUAAAGACGCUUUCGACGUGAAAGCGCUGCGCGCCUUUAGGGUGCUGCGCCCCUUGCGGCUCGUCUCUGGUGUACCUAGUCUACAGAUCGUGUUGAACUCAAUACUGAAGGCGAUGGUACCGCUGCUGCACAUAGCGCUGCUCGUCAUAUUCGUCAUCAUCAUCUACGCGAUCAUCGGCCUCGAGCUCUUCUCCGGGAAGAUGCACAAGAGUUGCUACAAUAAGUUCACGAACGAGAUCAUGGACUCGCCACACCCGUGCGACCUGGACAACGGGUUCAACUGCUCGAGUAUCGGCGAGGAGAUGGAAUGCAGAGAAGGUUGGAUCGGCCCCAAUUUUGGCAUCACCAACUUCGACAACUUCGGCCUGUCCAUGCUCACGGUGUUCCAGUGCAUCACUCUCGAGGGCUGGACCGACGUCAUGUAUAAUAUACAAGACGCGAUGGGUAACAGCUGGGAGUGGAUAUAUUUCGUGUCGAUGGUCAUCUUGGGAGCGUUUUUCGUUAUGAACCUUAUUCUCGGUGUGUUAUCUGGAGAGUUCUCCAAAGAGAGAGAAAAAGCGAAGAACCGUGGCGACUUCCAGAAGCUACGGGAGAAGCAGCAGCUGGAGGAAGACCUGAAAGGUUAUCUCGACUGGAUCACACAGGCCGAGUACUUGGAGCCCCUGGCUGACCAGCACGACGCUGUCGACCAGAAAAGGGACUAUGGGAUUGGUCCAACGCCGAACGAACACGACUCCACUGAUCAUUUAGGCAUAGAAAACAAUGAACAACAGAAGAUAUCCAUCGGGAAAUUAUGGAAGAAAGAUUUUGAUAAAGUGAACCGUCGCAUGAAGCGCGCUUGCCGGCGCGCGGUCAAGUCGCAGACGUUCUACUGGCUCAUCAUCGUGCUGGUGUUCCUCAACACGGUCGUGCUCGCCAGCGAACAUUAUCAGCAGCCGACGUGGCUGGACCACUUUCAAGAGUACGGAAAUGCAUUUUUUGUAGCAUUAUUUACUUUAGAAAUGUUAGUGAAGAUGUACAGCUUGGGUUUACAGGGUUACUUUGUAUCUCUGUUCAAUCGGUUCGAUUGCUUCGUCGUGGUGGGCUCCAUCAGCGAGAUGGUCCUCACCAAAACUGAGGUGAUGCCCCCCCUUGGCAUCUCUGUGCUGCGCUGCGUCCGGUUGCUUCGAGUGUUCAAGGUCACCAAAUAUUGGCGUUCCCUGUCGAACCUGGUGGCAUCGCUGCUUAAUUCGAUCCAGUCGAUCGCGUCGCUGUUGCUACUUCUGUUCCUCUUCAUCAUGAUCUUCGCGCUGCUCGGCAUGCAGGUGUUCGGUGGGAAAUUCAACUACGACCCUGUUGAGGAAAAGGACAGGCACAAUUUCGACUGUUUUUGGCAAGCGCUCCUGACCGUGUUUCAGAUACUGACGGGCGAAGACUGGAAUGCAGUAAUGUACGAAGGCAUUAAAGCUUACGGUGGAGUGGGUUCUUUUGGAAUACUUGCAUGCAUCUACUUCAUCAUACUUUUCAUUUGUGGCAACUAUAUACUACUAAAUGUGUUCUUGGCUAUUGCUGUGGAUAAUUUAGCAGAUGCAGAAUCCUUAACUAAUAUUGAAAAAGAAGAAGGGGCUGCGGAAGAAAAAGAUGGAGGUAGUAUAAUAGCAACUGAAGGCGGACACGUAGACACUGAUGAUGAAUAUAUCCAUGAUGACGAUGCAUACACUACGGACAACUCUGAAAGAGAAUAUGAAGAGACGGGAUCCGAAGGCGAACAGCAUGAAGAAAUAGAAGGCGAAGGAGAGGAAGGUGAAGGUACAGAAGAAGAUGGUGGAAGAGAAAGAGUUGAAGAAGAACAGGAAAGAGAAGAAAACCAUGAAAUGAUGGAGGGGCAUCAGAGAAAUCACAUUGUGAAUACAGAGUUGGAUGAGGAGCCUCGUCUGAAACGCAAACCGACCACAUCGUCAGCUCGGCCGCGCCGCCUCUCGGAGGUCGAUAUACACGACACAAAGAAACCCAUCCCUGAUGCUUCGUCAUUCUUCAUAUUUUCCAAAACCAACAGGUUUCGGGUGUUUUGCUACAAGUUGUCAGCAUCCUCGCCGUUCGGGAAUAUUAUCCUGGUGUGCAUCAUGCUCUCCUCGGCCAUGUUGGCCGCAGAGGAUCCUCUAGAUGCAGCACAAAAGGGGUUUCGAAAUUGGUUGUUGAGUCAAUUUGACGUAUUCUUCACGGGUAUAUUUACCCUGGAGCUGUUCCUGAAGCUGGUGACGUACGGCCUGAUCCUCCACCAGGGUGCCUUCCUGCGCUCCGCAUUCAACGUGCUCGAUAUGCUCGUCGUUUGCGUCUCACUCAUCUCUAUGAGUUUUAAGUCUGGUAGUAUAUCAGUGGUGAAAAUUUUGCGAGUAUUCAGGGUGCUGAGGCCUCUUAGGGCCAUUAAUAGGGCCAAGGGCCUUAAGCACGUUGUUCAGUGCGUGAUCGUUGCAAUCAAAACGAUCGGCAACAUUUUGUUGGUAACGUCCUUACUGCAAUUCAUGUUCGCUGUCAUGGGAGUACAAAUGUUCAAGGGUAAAUUUUUUAGUUGUAAUGAUAUUUCGAAAAUGACAAAAGAAGAAUGUCAAGGGACUUAUUUAGUAUUUGAGAAUCGUAAUUACGUGGUAAAAGAUAGAGAGUGGAAGAGAUAUGACUUCCACUUUGACAACGUCAUGAAGGGAAUGCUCACUCUUUUUACGGUGUCUACGUUUGAAGGAUGGCCAGGGUUGUUGUAUGUGUCUAUAGAUUCGAAUGCAGAGGACCGCGGUCCUAUCACUAACUUCCGUCCAAUUGUUGCAGCCUAUUACAUUAUUUAUAUUAUUAUUAUUGCCUUCUUUAUGGUAAAUAUAUUCGUCGGUUUCGUCAUAGUGACAUUCCAAAACGAGGGCGAGCAAGAGUACAAGAAUUGUGAAUUAGACAAAAACCAAAGGAAUUGUAUAGAAUUUGCGUUGAAAGCGAAACCGAUCAGAAGGUAUAUACCGAAACACCGCAUCCAAUACAAGGUGUGGUGGUUCGUGACCUCGCAGCCGUUCGAGUACGCCAUCUUCGUGCUCAUCAUGAUCAACACGAUCACCCUCGCCAUGAAGUACCACAACCAGCCCGCCGAGUACAGCAAGGCCUUAGAUAUGCUCAACAUGAUAUUCACAGCCAUUUUCGCACUGGAAUUUAUAUUUAAACUGGCUGCAUUUAGGUUUAAGAAUUAUUUCGGGGACGCGUGGAACACGUUCGACUUCAUCAUCGUGUUGGGGAGCAUCAUAGACAUCGUGGUGUCGCAAGUAAACGAACUUAAGAACCAGGGCAGUGGAAUGCCAAGAGCGCAUGUCGUCAAGGAAAGCUCAAUCCCGUCGAUUAACUUCUUCCGACUGUUCCGCGUGAUGCGGUUGGUGAAGCUGCUGUCCAGGGGGGAAGGCAUAAGGACCCUGCUUUGGACCUUCAUUAAGUCAUUCCAGGCGCUGCCUUACGUCGCACUGCUCAUCCUGAUGCUUUUCUUCAUCUACGCUGUUGUAGGCAUGCAGGUGUUCGGCAAGAUAGCGAUAGACGACGACACGCACAUAACGAGGAACAACCACUUCCAGACGUUCCCUCAGGCGAUACUCGUGUUGUUUCGCUCGGCAACAGGUGAAGCGUGGCAGGACAUAAUGAUGGGUGUGUCCCCGGAGCCGGACGUGAAGUGCGACCGCAACUACGACGAGGAGGGCGAGGAGGCGGGCGGCUCCUGCGGCAGCGUGCUCGCCUUCCCCUACUUCAUCUCUUUUUACGUUCUCUGCUCAUUUCUGAUAAUCAAUUUGUUUGUCGCGGUCAUUAUGGAUAAUUUCGACUAUUUAACUAGAGACUGGUCAAUACUGGGACCACACCACUUAGAUGAAUUCAUAAGGUUAUGGAGCGAAUACGAUCCCGACGCCAAGGGUAGAAUAAAACAUUUAGAUGUAGUUACUUUGCUAAGAAAAAUUAGUCCACCUUUAGGUUUCGGCAAGCUGUGCCCGCACCGCGUGGCGUGCAAGAGGCUCGUGUCCAUGAAUAUGCCGCUCAACUCGGACGGCACCGUGCUCUUCAACGCCACGCUGUUCGCCGUCGUCCGCACCUCGCUCAAGAUCAAGACAGAGGGUAAUAUCGACGACUGCAACACAGAGCUGCGAGCAGUUAUAAAGAAGAUUUGGAAGCGCACCUCACCCAAGCUGCUGGACCAGGUAGUCCCACCCCCGGGCGACCCCAACGAGAUCACCGUCGGCAAGUUCUACGCCACCUUCCUCAUACAGGACUACUUCAGAAGGUUCAAAAAGCGAAAAGAGCAAGAAAUGCGGCAGAAUGACGAACAGACCCACCAGAUGACGCUGCAGGCGGGACUGCGAACGUUACAUGAAGCGGGCCCAGAGCUGAAGAGGGCUAUAUCCGGGAACUUAGACGAUAUAUCGACUGAGUGCGACGUGCCAAUGCACAGGAGAAAUCACUCGCUGUUUGGAGGCGUUUGGUCAAGUAUACGAAGGCACGGCCCCAACAGGCACUUCAAUAAGCAUCGCAAGCACGGAGACGCACCGGGAGAUGGAGUCGGUAAUCAUUUGAGUUCAAUGAUGCAGCGUGAGUACGGAGUGGGGCCAAUACCUUUAGCACCAAAUUUAGCAAACGGUCAACCGAAGGAACAAAUUCCACUGAGACCACUCAUAUUCAACGGUGAAUCGGAAAAAAUAUAUCAGGUUCUCGACAACCAGAAGUCGAACUACCCGGAGAUGCUCGGGCAGAUAGGGCUCGCGUUCGGCUGCGUCAACUACCUGACGACGCCGAGCGAGGCGGGGCGCGCGGCCGCGAGCAAGCAGCGCGUGCACCCCGAGGAGGCGGCGGCGUCGCGCGAGAAGCUGGCCGUGCCGCGCAAGGCGUCGCCCGAGGACAAGAGCCCGUCGCCCGGCGCCGCCGACGCCAUCCAGCCCAAGAUCUCGCCGCUGCUGGCGCACGCGUGCACGCCCACCACCGAGGCGCGCACCAUGACGCUGUACGGCUACAACGCGGCCGCGCGGCUGCCGUUCGCGUUCUCGCACGCGCGGCGCGCGGGCGGCGGCGAGCGGCGCAGCCUGCGGGCCGCGCGGCCGCCGGGCUCAGGUCGGAUGGUGCGCAGCGCCUCGUCGGGGGCGGCGGCGUCGCAUGCGCCCGCCGCCCGGCUUGUAGAACGCCCGCUCGAGCCAGGCGGCGAUAGCUCGACCCGCAGCGUGGUCUCGCUGCCGGGCAGCCCGCGCGGCAACAGCUCCUCGCUACCCGUGGUAGGCUCCGCGGAGAGCCUCGUCACCAGGGUACUGGCCGAGCAAGGCUUGGGGGCGUACUGCGACCCGGAGUUCGUUAAGAACACUUCCCGGGAGAUGCAGGAGGCGCUUGAAAUGACCCAAGAACAAAUGGAUAGGGCGGCGCAUCAGUUGAUGGUACAAGAGAAGAAUAUCAAACAAGCUCAAAACCAACAAACGCAAGUUUGUAACGUUUGUGGUGUUGUAGGGCGAGAUAGUGGUAGGGCGGCAAUACCACCCGUUCCACCAGCCCGCGACGAUGCCCCCGCCGCCUUACAAGCGGUUAUAGCAGCAGCAGAACCAGAGGGCCACCGCCACCGCCAUCGCCACCGCCACCGCCACCGACACCACGCCGACAAGCCGACGCGGAAACGGAAGCCUGUGCUCGUGUAGACGCUCGCGUUCACAGUUCACACAGUGGAUGCAAUAUUUGAUCGUGUGACACGUCGCACACUGAGCUGGUGUGCUCGUGGGCUGGCCCGGUGACGCUCGGCGUAUCGAUACGAUCUACUCGACCAGGAACAACAUUAGCCACUUAAGUAAUUACUACUAGCCGUCGUUCACGGUACAGUGAGAUUUAUACAUGAGUAAGAGAAUUUAUUAAUUAAAUCCCAAUUAAAUUAAGUUACGUGAUGUAUCAACUGAACUGUAAUUACAUAACGUAUAUUUCACGCGUAAACGACUCGGAGCUCUGUUUGGAUCUCAUGCGGAGUUUUCAUGUGAAACUUCGAUAAUUUUGGCUCUUUAUAAUUUAAUGUAAUUUUUCGAAUUCUGAGAGAGAAAGUAUUUAUCUCGAAAACAAUAAUAUUUAGAGGUAAUUCUAAUAAUAAGUAACAUGUGGUUGCGUGAGUCAUUCUAGCUUUAGCUGGCCCUAUCUCCGCAUAUAUGUAUAUAAUAAAUACCUGUACGGGGGACCGAUAUCGAUUACUUUCAUUAAAGCAUACUCAUACAACUUGCUAUUGUAUAUUGUGAAAAGUUUUCCCACUCAUUACAAGUGGGCAUCCCGUCACAAUAAGUUUACACAGUUCACAUUACUACUACGUAAUUACAAUUUAUUUGAAUUAUUUUCAACACAUCCAAUUUUAUAACCGUCAUAGUUUUUCUAUCAAAUUGUAAAUGUGCAAUUUGUCAAAGUUAAAUUAUAAUACGAGUAGUCACAGGAGAUACCAUAGGUGCAGGUACCCGUACAUACAUACGUGUAGGUGUACGUGGACCACACUUUCCAGCAUCGCGACGCCAUGACAAUACCAGAUAGGAAGACCUAUCGUACUGAUUGUGUGUAGCCCUCCAAUAGACAUAUGUAACUUUACUAAUUAUUGUAGAAUGCAUCAUCAGGCACUACGUGUACUACGUACUCGCAGCACACAGCGCGCACUCAUUUCGCCGACACAUUAACAUAAGGAGAUUUUCAAGUAAAUUAUGGGACUAAUACGUACAGUGUGUAAACAUUAAGAGCCUUUAUAUACGAGUACAUUUCAUAGCCUCUAUUUUUAACCGACUUCAAAAUAAGAAAGAGUUUCUCAAUUUUUUUUUUUUUUUUUUUUUUACUUUUGUUACUUCUUAAUUUUGUCAGUUUUAAAUGUAUUUGAAAAAUUCUACUUUUUUUUUCAUCUAUAAGAAUAUACUUAUAGAUUGUUCUCGUAGAAAUUUUAUUAAAAUCAAUUCAGUGAUUUUUUUUUUAUUUU